AUGCAAGAAGACAACGACGGACCGCCCAUCACGAUUCCUCUAGGGCACCAAACGAGCACCAGCAACCUGCUCAUGAUGCCUCAAUGUCGAGCACUGCUGGGAGAGUACCCGGAGGAAUUCUUCUUCAAGGUCGAAAUGAACCGGCCUCGGGCAUGGGCUGUCCGCACCAUGAUGGUGUCGGACCUCGACAACUUGGCAGACACUGUGAAAGUACGCUGGGUAGACGGCACCCAGUUUCUAGAGAGCUAUCUCAAACGAGUGCACCCCUUCCAUCCUUUUCUGGAUCGGGAUGAAGUCAGAGAGAUUUACGAGGACACCAUGCACAAAGGCAUUGGCAUCGACAACUCCUCGGCGCUUGUCUUGACGAUACUAGCCCUGGGUGCAACAGUGUCCGAUGCUGUGGAUCUAAAACCCGAGCUGAGGACAGGCGAGGCGUUCAUACAGCAGGCGCUGAAGAUUCUUUUCGCGUCGUGGACGUUUAAUUUCAGCGGUGACGUGAUUGUCUCUCAGGCCUUAUCACUAUGCUCCCUUGACAUACUUGCCGAGUUCCACCAGCCGCGGAAUGGCAUAGAGCUCCUCGUCGACCGAAUGCCAUUCCCCAACUAUGGCGAGUUACCUUCGCCCGAGAACCUCUACGCUCUUGCGGACAUAUCGGCAAGGGCUUUGUUGAACCGAAUACAUCACGCUCUGUUCUUCACUGAAAGCCUGAUCAUCUACUCGGGUCAUUCGUUGAACAAUCGCAACAUCUUCCGCGCAUUCGUGAUCUACGUCACCUCGAAGAUGUGGGAGGGAGAAGAGAUCCCCAAGACUGUACUGGACAUGUGCGAAAUUUGUCUUCAUGGCUGUCGCAUGUUUAUCAUCAUGGCGCAGCAUCUCAUCAGGGAAAGAUCGCCCUAUACCUACAGCGCAACUCAGUGCUGCUUGUCCAGUUCCAUCAUGGCCAUUGCAGCGCAAUCGCCCCCUCUAAAAGGCAUGAUUGCAGAUAUUGAGAGCAUUCAUGUGAUCACGUUGGAGCUUUUGGAACCUUGGGCACAGGCUGGCACUAGUAUCAAGACCGGCUACCAGAUUGCCUCUCUGAUAGCAGCUAAACAACUGUUCAAGUAA